GGGAACUCGUCGACAUUUCAGCAUAAGAAAGCCUUAUCUUGUAUUAAUAAUUGCAAGAAAACAAAAUAUUUUCAGAACGUGAUUUGUUUUUAAAUAAUGGAUACCGACGUUAAAGCAGAAAAUGAAUUUCUGGACCAUGUAAUUGUAAAGGAAGAAUACGUUUUGAAAGAAGAAAAUGUCCCGGUUAUCGAGAGACUUGAGAGAUCGACUAAGAAGGAUCCUCAAGAAUCGGUUAAGUUUGUAAUUAAAGAAGUACGAGAAAGAAAGCAUAAAUGUCCAUUAUGUGACAAGGCUAGCUACACCAUCUACAACUUGAAAGAUCAUAUGGUUACCCAUUCGAAAGAUAAGAAUUUCCAGUGUUCUCAAUGCUCAAAGUUCUUUGGCAGUAAGAGAAGACUGGACAGUCACAUGAGAACUCACUCUACCGAUCUGAUUCCAUGUGGCCUAUGCGAUAAAAAAUUCAAGAGUUCAGUACAUUUGAAAUAUCAUCUUCAGAGGCAUACUGGUGAGAAAAAGCACGAAUGUGAGAUUUGUGGGAAGAAAUUCUCAGAUAGUAGUCACAAAAGACGCCACAUUCUUCAGUUGCACGAAGGAAAGAAACCAGAUAACAGUUCUGGUUCAGCACCUAAAUUUACAUGUGAACAUUGUGGGAAAGUUAUGUGGGUCAAAGGGAGUUACGAAAGGCACAUACUAGUUGUACAUACCUCAAACAGAGAUAUAAAAUGUCCUCAAUGUCCAAAGACAUUCAAACUGAAGUACAAUCUCAAGGAGCACAUGUUGGUUCACAGCAAUGAAAAACCAUUCGUUUGCGAUAUUUGUAAUACAGGAUUCAAACGGAAAGCAAAUCUUUUGGCCCAUAGAGCCAAUCACGAGGGUAUACCCCAAGAUUGUUCGUACUGCACUAAUACCUAUAAAAGCAAAGGAAGUCUGAGGCUUCACAUUAAGAAACACCAUAGAGGUCUUCCAUAUGAAAUUACGGAUGGUCCCUUAUCGUGUACAGUUUGCAAGGAAGUCUUUCAGGAUCUUGACAUCCUCAAGGACCACACUAAAAUCCAUGCCAAGGAAAAAGCGAAAUACUACACUUGCGGGGAUUGUGGAAAAUCUGUACGGCAUAAAUAUAAUUUUCUGAGGCACUUGACUGUUCACAAGAAAAACACAUCCUUUGAGUGUGAAACUUGUUCAAAGAAGUUCAAGCGGAAGGACGAAAUUAUUAAGCAUAUGCGAAUCCACAGUAAAAAUCGACCGUUAUUUGAAUGUGAAGUUUGCGGAGUUAAAGUUAAGAAUAGAAAAACCUUAAGAGAUCAUGAUCGUAAGCACAACGCUGAGGUCAGUAAAAGAAGGCCUUACAAUACACGCUACAAGGAACGAUUACCAGUGGAUCCUACAAUGAUAAAACAAGAAGUUGAGGAUACUGAAACUCCACUGCCAACAAAUAUUGAAAUUUUAACAACAGUGAAAAAUGAGGUAGUUGAUGAUACAGUUGUCGUUAAAACCGAAGCGGAUUACUGGUCGAAAGUGUAUGAAGGAUACCUUUUUGAUGUGAAAUCCGUGGUAAACGUCCUAAAAAUUAUUAACUUUGCCCUAAUAUUAGAAAAAACUGAAAUUCAUUCCAAAGUAAAUUUGAUUAGGGUUGCAAAGAAAUACAAUAUGGAAGAAAAUUUUAACUGUGAAAUUGUUAAAGAAGAGUACAUUUUGGCAGAAAAUGAACCACUUCCAUCAAAAGCUCAAGACAGCAUUGUUCCAGCAAGAAAGAAGCACAAAUUUUCUAUUUGUGAAAAAGAAUUAUCUUCUCUCGAUGGACUCAAGGUUCACUUGAAGAUUCAUUCAAAUGAGAGGAAUUUCAAGUGUCCUCAUUGUCCCAAAGCCUUUAUGAUGAAAAAAAUGCUAAAUCGACAUCUAAAGAUUCACACAGAAAGGAAACGCAUUCCCUGCAGCUUAUGUGAUAAGUCUUUUCUCAACAAAAUCAUUUUUAAUCGUCACAUUAAAUUGCACUCCGAAAGAGAGAAAUAUGAAUGCGAAAUUUGUGGAAAGAUAUUCUUUGAGAAAGCUUAUAGAACGAGGCACAUGAAAUUGGCUCACAAUGGAACGGUUACAUAUGUUCACGGAGCUGAGAAACCAUUUGUUUGUAGUAUUUGCAAUAUGGCUUUUACGAAGUUAAACAUUAUGAAAAGGCACAAAACAACAAUUCACGCUGAGAAACGCACAGAUUGUCCGUACUGUAAUAAGAAAUUCCUAAAACGGAAUAAUUACACGAAUCAUAUUCGAACGAUACAUCCAGGGCUUCCGACCCGCAUCAAAACUGGUCCGACUCCCUGCAACAUCUGCAAAGAAACCUUUAGUGGCAUAGAAGAUCUCAAGAAGCAUGUUGUUGAGCAUUAUACUAAAAAGGAAUUUGAAUGUGCUAUUUGUGGAAAAAAAUAUGUCAGCAAACGUAAUUUGAAGGUUCACAUUACCACAAGACAUGCCAGAAAUGCAGAUAAGGAAAUUCUGUGUACUCAAUGUGGAAAAGUCUUUUUAGGAAAAUCGAGUCUUACACUUCACCAACGUACCCACACGGACAAUUUGCCAUUUGAAUGUAGUGUUUGCUCAAGGAAAUUCAAAAUUAAAUAUUACUUGACUGCUCAUAUGAAAAUCCAUUUGGAAUAUCGAAAAACUUUUCCAUGUAAAUACUGUAAAAAGGAACUAAAAACAAAGUUCAUCAAAGAGCAGCAUGAACAAAAGCACAAAAUGAGAGGAGAUGGUGUCCCAUUGUACUGUGUGUAUGAUUUCAAAAAGAAAACUUAUCAAGAAGAACAGUUUCUCAAGUAUCACGAAGGUCUACCUCUGAAUUCAGUUUGGAUUACCACAGAAAAUGACGAGACUAACAUGCUAGAAGCUGAAACUGGAGAUCCUUUUGCGUAAAAUAGACGAUAGACUUUUAAAAAUAAUAAAAUGAUUCAAUGCUUCUCAA